AUGGUGAUGAUGUUCAAGGAAAGGCACAUUGGGAUUGUCCCCAUCCAGGAAUACAAUUGUGCUUCUCUAACACCUUUUGGGAUCUUGUGCUUUCUGGAAUGUUUAGUGAUGAAGUUCCACCAACAUGUCCUUGCCUUGGUGUUUGCAGUGAAUGAGAUCAAUGAGAAUCCCAAUACCUUGCCCAAUGUAACACUUGGGUUCCACAUCUAUGACAGCUACUAUGAUGCUAGGAUGACCUAUCGUACCACCCUGGACAUGCUCUUCAAAUCUCACAGAUUUAACCCAAACUACAAGUGUGGCAUCUGUAACAGCCUCAUCACAGUCAUUGGGGGACUUAGCUCUGAUGCUUCCUUCCAUAUCGCAGAUAUCUUAAGACCCUACAAGAUUCCACAGAUCGCAUAUGGCUCGUUUGCACCAGGAAAGAUUGAAACAACACAUUCCAACUCUUUUUAUCGCAUGGUCCCAAAUGAAGACCAUCAAUAUAUGGGAAUUAUUCAGUUACUUGUACAUUUUGGGUGGACAUGGGUCGGGGUCUUCGCUGAGGAUGAUGGUGGUGGAGAACAUUUCUUGUCGACCCUGGAACCAUUCCUUUCCAAGAACGGAAUCUGUUCAGCCUUUACAAAAAGAAUCCCCAAACAAGCACACAUGGGUGAUAUGGAUGAACUUUUCGAUACAUUGUCAAAUGUUUAUCUACCUUUGAUGGAGGACAAACCUAGCACACUGAUCCUGUAUGGAGGUUCAUUGACUAUCAUGUUGCUAAUGACUAUUACUUAUCUCCCACAUCCUGAUUACAAAGGAAAUGCAUCAGUUGCAAAGGUGUGGAUCAUGACAUCACAGAUUGAUAUCAUAUUAACAGGUCUUCAGAGGGGCUUUGAUAUACAAUUCUUCCAAGGAGCUUUCUCCUUCAGCAUUCACACAAAAGAGCUGCCAGGCUUCCAGGAAUUUCUUCAAACCAUAAAGCCCCACAGCACCAGGGCAGAUGGUUUUCUCAAGGAUUUCUGGGAGCAAGCAUUUGUCUGUUCAUUUCCAAAUCCCCAAGAGCUGGUUUAUGAAGGUGGACUAUGUACUGGGGAAGAGAGGCCAUCUCAUCAAGAUGCCACCACAGAAGAAUGGCUGAUGGGGGAAAAACAUAAACUCCAUGAUCUCCAGCCUUGGCAGCUGCAACCAUUUCUGCAAGGGAUUUCAUUCAAUAACUCAGCUGGAGAAACAAUAUCAUUUAAUGCUAAUGGGGAAAUGGGAGGUGGAUUUGAUAUCACCAACAUGGUCAUCUUCCCAAACAGAUCCUUCCAGAGAGUGAAAGUUGGAAGUGUGAGCGAAGGAAAAGGAUUCGUCAUUCAUAAGGCCAUGAUUAUAUGGCCAAGAGGUUUUAACCAGGGGAUUCCCAUUUCGGUCUGCAGUGACUCCUGCCAAUCUGGGUAUCGGAAACUAAAGAAGGAGGGGGAGAAGUUUUGCUGUUAUGACUGUGCUUUAUGCCCAGAUGGGAAGAUUUCAGACCAAAAGGAUAUGGAUGACUGUCUCCAGUGCCCAGAAGAUCGGUAUCCAAGCAAGGACAAAGAUCAAUGUUUUCCAAAGCACCUAACUUUUCUAUCUUAUAAGGAGCCUUUAGGGGUCAUUUUAAUUUCUGUUGCUGCUUUCUUUUCCUUUAUCACAGCUUUGGUUCUAGGAACUUUUAUUAAAAACAAAGACACCCCCAUCGUCAAAGCCAACAACCGGGACAUCAGCUACAUUCUACUUGUCUCCCUCCUCCUCUGCUUCCUUUGUUCUUUGCUCUUCCUUGGACAACCCAAUAAUGUGACCUGCAUUCUCCGGCAACCAGCUUUCGGCAUCAUCUUCUCUGUGGUUAUUUCUUGUGUGAUGGCUAAAACCAUCACUGUUGUGGUCGCUUUCAUGGCCACCAGACCAGGAUCCAGCAUGAGGAAGUGGGUGGGGAAAAGACUGGCCAACUCCAUUAUCUUUUCUUGCACCCUCAUUCAAUCAGGAAUUUGUGUUGUGUGGUUGGCAACCUGUCCCCCAUUCCCAGAUCUCGACAUGCACUCUCAGAGCAAUGAGAUCAUUGCAUUAUGUAAUGAAGGAUCUGUCCUCAUGUUUUAUUUAGUUCUGGGCUACAUGGGAUUUCUGGCCAUCAUCAGCUUCACUGUGGCUUUCCUUGCUAGAAAGCUGCCAGACACUUUUAAUGAAGCCAAGUUCAUCACUUUCAGUAUGCUGUUGUUUUGCAGUGUUUGGCUGACUUUUGUUCCAACUUACCAGAGCACCAAGGGGAAAUACAUGGUAGCUGUGGAGAUCUUCUCCAUCUUAGCUUCCAGUGUUGGAUUACUUGGUUGUAUCUUUUCCCCAAAAUGCUAUAUUAUUAUUUUUAGGCCAGAGCUGAAUGACAGGGAACAGUUAACAAAGAGAAAGACUUAUUGA